AUCAAAAAAAUGCAGAAUCUAUCGAAAAGAUGCAGAAGUACUUAACUUGCCAAAAAUAAAAAAUACAGACAAGUUCACCCUGCACAGACAUUGAUGAGAAAAGAUUGCAGAAUGCCGCAAGAUAGACAUGACGGACAAAAUCCACAAGCUACAAGUUUUUAUCAUCAUGAAAAAAUCCUUCAGGUGGCAUUGGCUAUGGUCUCGCUGAGAGAUUUUUGAAAUCUGGUUCUCAAGUAAUAAUCACUGGACGACGAGAGGAUCAGCUCAAAGAGGCGAAAAGAAAACUAAACUCAGACAAACUCGUUUAUCAUGUUGGAGAUGUUGGUCAGGAAGCUGAUCGUGUCAAACUGUUUCAAUGGGUCACGAAAGAGUAUCCAAAAGUUAAUGUAUUGGUGAACAAUGCAGGUAUUCAACGGCGAGUCAGUUUUCUUGAUGACACUGAAACACCGUGGAAUGAACGCGAAAACGAAAUUCACAUCAAUUUUUCGGCUCCUGUUCAUUUAUCUUCUCUGUUUGUCUCAUACUUUCUCAAGCAACAGCAACCUUCAGCUAUCAUCAAUGUUACAUCAGGUCUCGCAUUCGUUCCUCCAGCGUUCGCUCCCGCGUACGGAGCAACUAAAGCCGCUCUACACAGUUUCACUAUGAGUAUAAGAUUCGAUUUAGCUAAUACACCUGUUCAAGUGAUCGAAAUAUCUCCUCCAGCUGUCAAAACAAAUCUUGGUGGUUCCCAUGAUUUCGGCGAAGAUCUCGAUGAAUUUUGUGAUCACGUAUUUGGAAGAAUGAAACAAGGCGAGCAGGAAAUUGGAUAUAAAAUGUCUGAAGAAGCUCGACUAUCUUCACGCGAAAAGCUCGAUCAAAUGUUUCACGGUGUAAAUAAUCAUCUCAAGAAGGUCCUUGCGGAGAUGAAAAAACACUAA